ACAUGGAUACAUCGAGUUGUUGCUCAUGACAGAUAUGAGCGCAACGCGUUGCGUCACUUAAUCAAGACGAUCGUCAAGCAUGUCACGGUUCGUUAUUAGAUAUAAACUUGUUAAGACUCGCCGCGAGGAAAGAUGUUACCGGCACUUACAUACUUGUACCAGUGCAUAUGUGUACACUAUGCAAAAGCCGCUAACGUGAACGCUAAACGCAGGGAUGCCACGGACGGUAUGCCACCGAACCGUCUCGUCGUCACCUUUGUCUUUAUUUCUGGAGUCGCGGUGGCUGUCAUCGCCGCAUUAUUGACACAAUAUCUACGCAACUUAUCCAUCAGUCAAGAAGAGCAUGAAUUCCGUCAUGUGUUUAUACCGCUUCCCUCAGAAAAUAUUUUGAAUGUCUACGAUGACAGCAAACUUACCUCCGCAUUGGGUAACACUGAACUCGAUAAAGUGCAAGUUCAGAACAUUGCGGCGUUGACAGCAGAGGCCCUGACAUCUUUGCAUUUAGCAUUGGAGAUGAAAUUAUCUGGAAAGAAAAAUAAAGCUAUAAAAUUGUUUCAACAUGCUGUGGCAUUAGCGCCUUGUCAUCCAGAUAUUUUGAAUCAUUAUGGAGAGUUUUUAGAGCAUACUCAGAACAAUAUAAUUAAAGCUAAUGAGUUUUAUGUACGUGCUUUGACUUACAAACCAAAUCAUGAAGGUGCUUUGAUGAACAGUCAAAGGACAGCUCGCGUAGUCGAGGAACUCGACAGAAUCACGCUUAGACGUAUUGACGACAAGAGGAAUGCAUUAUCAAUGAUACCCGAUAACAAUGUCGCAUUAAUACGUGCUAAGAAGGAGGCUUACUUUCAGCAUAUUUAUCAUACAGUUGGAAUUGAAGGAAACACUAUGAAUCUGGAACAGACAAGAGCCAUAGUCGAGACACGCAUUGCAGUCAGUGGAAAGAGUAUCGAUGAACAUAAUGAAAUUCUCGGAUUAGAUGCCGCCAUGAAAUAUAUCAAUGCGACCUUGGUCAAUAGGGUAGGGUCCAUUUCUAUAAAAGAUAUAUUAGAGAUACAUAGGCGCGUACUAGGGCAUGUAGAUCCUGUCGAAGGUGGUGAAUUUCGAAGGACUCAAGUGUAUGUUGGUGGCCAUAUACCUCCAGGUCCAGAUGAUAUACAUUAUUUAAUGCAGGAAUUUGCAUUAUGGUUAAAUAGUGAACAAGCCAUCAGAAUGCAUCCAGUAAGAUAUGCAGCUCUCGCGCACUAUAAAUUGGUACAUAUACAUCCGUUUGCUGACGGAAAUGGUAGAACGUCUCGAUUGCUCAUGAACAUGAUUCUUAUGCAAGCUGGAUAUCCACCUGUAAUCAUUCAUAAACAACAUCGUCAUAAAUAUUAUGAAAAUUUACAAUUAGCAAAUACUGGAGAUGUGAGACCAUUUAUAAGAUUUAUAGCAGAAUGUACAGAGCAGACAUUGGAUUUGUUUCUAUGGGCAACUACCACAUAUUCUCAACAAGUUCCUGCUCUGAGCCAAGAGACUCUAUUUACAAAAAGACAUAAUACAUUUAUUUUAGAUGCUGAGAGCAAUGAAAUAUUGGAAAAUGAUUAAGAACUAAAAUAUAUUAAGUCAAAAUUUGAAAUAUUUUUGAGACCAAAGAACGUUAAAAUGUGAUUUGUAUCUAUAUCAUUAUUUAUUAAUAAUUUAAUUUUUAAACUCGAAUAAUUCAAAGAUCGAACAUUUACAUAAAGAUCUGAUAUAAUUGUUAGAAUCAAAUCCAUUCACAAACAAGAUUACAGAGCUAAAGCAUAUCGCCCUUAUUAAUGAACAAUUAUUUAUGAAAAUAAAUGUAUGUAUGUGAGUGUGUAUGUGUGUUUGUGCGUGUGCGAUUGUGCUAUUUAAAAGCUGCCAAUUUAUUUUAUUGUAUAUCCAUGUAAAUAUGAAUCUUCCAUUGUGUUGUA